CGUGAUGUGAUGUGGGCGACGGAAGCGCGUGUAUUUGCACGAAUGACAUGAGGCGAUGUUUCUAUCUUUAUAUAUAAAAAAAGAGAGAGACUUAAUCAUCAGAUUGUGUGUAUCACGGAUAUUUUAUCAUCUCUUCACCCAGAGGUCAUUCAUAGCGGUUUAUGCAUCAGAUGAUGUCAUAUCUGAUCCUCAUUUUCAACCUUUGAUUGGGUAUCAAUGAGGACCAUGGCCUCCGCCGACCAAGACCAAGAGUCACAGCAGAAUCAGAACCACUACUUGUGUGGUUCUGUAGCGGCGUUCGCCAACAUCGUCAUCACGUUUCCCAUCCACAAGGCACUGUUCCGCCAGCAGUUGUUCGGAGUGUCGGCGUGGGAAGCUGUGCGUCAGCUCCAGAGGGAUGGUUUGCACACACUUUACCGAGGCAUCCUCCCGCCGUUACUCCAGAAAAGCAGCACUAUUGCAAUUAUGUUUGGACUCUAUGAGGACUUCUCAAGGUUGCUGCGACUAAACGCUCCUCACGCCCCCGUCCUGUUAACGGACAGUAUUGCAGCAGUCUUGGCGGGAACCGCUGAAGCAGUUUUGACGCCAUUCGAGAGAGUACAAACUUUACUGCAGGAUCCACGUCAUCAUGGAAACUUUCAGAACACUGCACACGUUUUCCGUGCUUUGCUUCAGCAACAUAGCAUCCGAGAACUUUACCGUGGCCUUGUCCCGAUCCUACUCAGAAAUGGCCCUAGCAAUGUUUUUUUCUUCGGUUUGCGUGGACCAAUUAAGGAACUGCUCCCCGAGGGCGAGUCAAAGGCAGGACAUUUGGUUAAUGACUUUGUUUGUGGGGGGAUUUUGGGAGCAGCUCUCGGGGUGUUUUUUUACCCUCUGAAUGUAGUUAAGUCUCACGCACAAGUAAAGAUUGGAGGGGAGUUUCAGACCUGCAGGGUGAUAUUGGCGACUGUUUUGAGAGAGAGGGACGGGAAGGUGAGCCGUCUGUUCCGAGGUGUGCAUUUGAAUUUCCAGAGAUCUGUUUUCUCAUGGGGAAUCAUAAAUGCUGCAUAUGAACUUUUAUUAAAAAUGGUCUGAUUGGGGCGAGAAAGAACAAAGGGGGACCUAAGUGAAAAGCACAGAGAAAGGAGUGAAAAUUAGUCUUCCUUAUUUCAUUUCUGCUGCUAAAAACAUAUUGUGCAAUAAUAGACAAUAUGUUAAAGCUAUAUUAAAGGGAUAGUUCACCCAAGAAAUUAAUAUUCUGUUUUCAUUUUUAUUCAUCCUCAAUGUCAUUCCAAACCUGAACCUAAGGCUAACUGAAAGGCAAUUUUUUAUUUUGAUAAUUUGUAGCUAUAUAAUUUUAAUUAAAAGAGUCAGACUCUCAUGCACACCAAAGCUAUGUUUAUUUGAUCAAAAAUAUAGUAAAAACAUUAAUAUUGUGAAAUAUUAUUACAAUUUGAAAUACAUUCUAAU